CGAGCGCGUUGGAAGUGUCGGAGAGAGAGAGAGGAGAUUGCGGCAAAAGUAGAUUAUAUUUGUCUAUAUUUAUUUGGUUAGUAAAAUAGCCGAGAGUCUCUAGCGAAAUGGAUUUGCGAGUGGGCUUUGGUGACAAGCUGAAAUUGGGUGCCAAGGUCCUUGGCCAUAAGGUUGUUCAGUACAGGCUGGGGACGGGUCAUACCAAAGAGCUAGAAACCAAAUAUGGCCAACUGAAGGGUCAGCAGCGUAAGACAAUCUACGAUGGCGAAAUCUACUUCUCCUUCGAGGGCAUCCCCUUUGCCCAGCCUCCUGUGGGUGAACUGCGUUUUCGCGCUCCUCGACCUCCCAGCUCUUGGCAGGGGGUAAGGGAUUGCACUUAUGCGAGGGACAAACCCAUGCAGAGAAACUCCAUUACCAACACUGCUGAGGGCUCUGAGGAUUGCUUAUACCUCAAUGUCUAUGCCAAGAAACUGGACACACCAAAGACACUCCCUGUUAUGGUUUGGAUAUAUGGCGGAGGCUUUCAAAUAGGUGGAGCCUCGAGAGAGCUCUAUGGUCCGGAUUACUUCAUGAAACACGAUGUCCUUCUGGUGACCAUCAACUAUCGUGUAGGUGCCUUGGGUUUUCUAAGUCUUAAGGACGAGACUCUCAAGAUUCCCGGCAAUGCCGGCCUGAAGGAUCAAAUCCAAGCACUACGUUGGGUCAAAGAAAACAUAGCCAGUUUUAAUGGCGAUCCCGAGAAUAUAACCGUGUUUGGCGAAUCAGCUGGCGGAGCCUCCACCCACAUCCUCAUGCAAACGGAGCAGGCCAGAGGACUCUUCCACCGAGCCAUUGUGCAAUCUGGUUCGGCCUUAUGUGCCUGGGCCACGCAACCGGAUCGAAAAUGGCCCCAAAGAUUGGGCAAGGAACUUGGCUAUGCCGGUAAUUUGGAAAGCGAAAAAGAACUGCUGGAGUUUUUCCAGCAGAUUCCAGCUAGCAAGCUGGCCAUCUACUGCAAUGCCAUAGUGACGCAAGAGGAGCAACGCGACUAUGAGAUUCUGGCCUUUGCCCCGGUAAUCGAACCAUAUGUUGGCGAAGAUUGCGUCAUACCAAAGACCCAGCAGGAGCAGUUGUCCAGCGCCUGGGGAAAUCAGAUUCCCCUAAUCAUUGGUGGCAACUCUUUCGAAGGACUCUUCUCGUAUAGGACCACAUUGGAUGAUCCACUUUAUAUGCUGAGUGCCUUUGAGGCUCUGAUUCCCAAACAGGUUCGUGAUGCCAUCGACAAGGAUGAGUUGGCGGAGAUGGUGAGGCGGUUGAAGAAGUCCUACUUCGAUGAUCCUGACAGAGCUAGCAUGGAGCUCUUCGAGUGUCUUCACAUUCUCAGCAUCAAGAACUUCUGGCACGAUAUCCAUCGCACCUUGCUCGCCCGUCAGGCCUAUGCGGCCAGCUCAUCCACUUAUGUCUAUCGAUUCGACAUGGAUUCCCCUCACUUUAAUCACUAUAGGAUACUAAAGUGCGGCAGGAAGGUCAGGGGAGUGUGCCAUGCAGAUGAUCUCUCCUACUUGUUCUAUGGAGUUCUUUCCAGUAAAUUGGAUAAGGCCACUCCGGAAUACAAGACCAUUGAACGCUUGGUUGCCAUGUGGACGUCCUUUGCCAUCACCGGAGACCCCAAUUGCGAGACUAUAGCUCCGGUGAAGUGGGAUCCACUGCGUCCAGGUGGCCUGGAAAACUGCCUUAACAUUGCCGAUGGCUUGGAGUUCAUCCCGUUGCCAGAGAGCAAACAGUUCGUUGUCUGGGAUAGUUUCUAUACCAGAGAGAGUCUUUACUGAGGAAAUUUAACUGUAACUUUAAUGUAUGUCUUGGGAAAUUAAUCAAGCCUUAAAAAGUGUCUUAAUUUAGCAAUUAAUCAAGCAACAAGUUCAAUAUUUUCUUUUCUUCCAUCAAUGUAAUCUUGCCUUUUGUAUUUUCACUUAUAGCUUCUAAAGGAAAAUAGAUACUUGUGAAUUUAUUAGCUUUAAAAUGCAUAUACUUAAUAGGUAAAUCUCCAAUAAAAUUGUAAA